ACUAGUUAAUCUCCAGAGCCAGGAGCACGUCCAUGUCACGCCAGUCCGACCAGGAGCUAAAUGGCUCGUCGCAAGGCGCUAUGCGGAUACGGACCGCGGAAACGACAAAGGGAUCGAAGCAGAUUUAGCUCAGUUGCAGAUGCCUUCUUCCCACACUUUCAUGGACUUGGAUCGGCGCGUGGUGUUCUUCACUGGACUGCAGCCAUGGGAGUAUAUAUACACUCGCAGUACGGGGAAAGAUAGUAGGUGAGCGUGACUAGACAUCUACCUAGGCAGCAGCAGGUCGUCGAGCUAGCUCCGAUCCAACUCGAUAAAUAUUCAACGAGGACGCGCGCUCAUGGCGGCGGCGGCAGCAGCGCAGGACAGCGGCAGGACAGCUAGUGCCACCAUGGUGACAGUGUCCCGGCGGGGGCGCCGCUUCGUAGGCGUCCGGCAGCGGCCGUCGGGGCGGUGGGUCGCGGAGAUCAAGGACUCGGCGCAGAGGGUCCGCCUGUGGCUCGGCACGUUCGACACGGCGGACGAAGCGGCGCGCGCCUACGACGAGGCGGCGCGCGCGCUGCGCGGGGAAAACACGCGCACCAACUUCGCGGACCGCGCCGCCCGGCACGGACACGGCGGCCCCGCGGGCGCGGCCAGGGCCAGGUUGAGCAAGAACCUGCAGCACGUGAUGGCGCGGGCGGCCGCCGCGGGCAGGGCCGCGGCGUGCGCGGGGGUGGGCGACCAGUUCGCGCUCGCCGCGGUGUUCCGGCACUGCCAGCAGCCGGCUGCGGUGGCGGCGGCGCAGGCGCAGGCGCAGCAGCAGGCCGAGCCUGAGGCCGUGCAGCAGGUGGUGAAGCACGCCGUGAAGCCGAGCUUCGUGGUGCCGAGGCGGACCGAGGCGACGCCACCGUCGUUGUCGUCGUCGUCGGUGCCUGGAGGUGGGGAGGUUUGGUGCGUGGACGACGACGUCGACGCCGCGGCGGAGCUGCUGUGCGCCGAGGAGGGAUCGUUCAAGGUGUCCUCGUCGGUGAUCGUGCCGCCCUCGUUCAGCGUCUCGUCGUCGGAGUCUUUCGGCCUCGACGAUUUCUAG